UUGCGUCAUCAGUCUGCGACUCAUAGCAGCAUGGCUUCCACUUGCUGCCGGGACUGAACGCUGGUCUUUGAAAGGUUUUUAAAAAGUUAAUGUCAACAACUGUAAGAAAUAUAAAAGAAAUGGAAAUGACGGAGACACACGACGACACAUUUGGAAUAGAAGUUAUUCUUCUUCCAGAGGGUCAAACGGCGCCAUGUUGCCCACAUGGUCCAACCUUGUUGUUUCAGAAAGUGGGCAGAGGAGGAGAGAAGGGCCGGAGGUUUUACGCCUGCUCAGCCUGUAGAGACAGGAAAGACUGCAACUUUUUCCAGUGGGAAGACGACAAGGUGUCAGAGGCCAGGCUGUUGGCCAGAGAGGCAGAGAACCAGUCCCGCAGGCCUGUGAUCAGCCAUGAGGAGAACUGUAACAGGUUCAGAAAGUUUGUCUCCCUCCCUGCUGAUGAGAAGAUCUUCUGUCAGGACUGUCAGGUUCUGCUCCUGCCAGGAGAACGUGAGGCUCACUCCCCUCACAAACGCGUCAUCGUCACCGCGGCACAGCUGAGGAGGCCCAGUGUCCUGCUGCGCCCUCUGGACAACAAGAAGAGCAACGCCCAGUAUCUGUUCACUGACCGCAGCUCACACUUCCUGCUGGACACCUUAGCUGCUCUGGGCUACAGGAAGGUCCUGUGUGUGGGAGCACCCAGACUCCAGGAGUUGAUCAAACUGCGAAACCUGGAGCAGCAACAUGAGCCGAUGAAGAGUCUGCUGCUGGACAUUGACUUCAGAUAUGCUCAGUUCUACGGCCGGGACGAGUUCUGCCACUACAACAUGUUCAACCAUCACUUGUUUGGUGGAGAGGCGUCCAGCGCGGUGCUGCGCUCCUUCCUCGCGGAGGCCGACGGAGAGAAGGCGGUGAUGGUGGCCGACCCUCCGUUCGGCGGCCUGGUGAAGCCUCUGGCCAACAGCUUCUGCCUCGUCUCGCAGACGUGGAAGAAGCUGCAGAGCUCUGAAAACGGCGACGCUGAAAUGCCCACACUGUGGAUCUUCCCGUAUUUCUUCGAGCCGCGUAUCCUGGAGUGUCUCCCUUCGUUCACCAUGCUGGACUAUCAGGUGGACUACGACAACCAUCCUCUGUACAAACACGGCAAGACGGGCCGGAAGCAGUCGCCCGUCCGACUCUUCACCAACGUCUGUCCCAGAGACGUCGUCCUGCCCAAACAGGAGGGCUACAGAUUUUGCUCCGUGUGUCAGAGAUACGUGUGGUCCCUGAACAAACACUGUGCCAAAUGCAACAUCUGUCCAUCCAAGGAUGGCCGUGAAUGGAAGCACUGCUCCACGUGUGAGAAAUGUGUGAAACCAUCGUGGAAACACUGUCAGGCGUGUGGCCGCUGUGCUCUCCCCGACCACCCGUGUGGUGAGGGCGGUCAGAUGAAGCAGGGCUGCUUCAGCUGCGGCAGCCUGCAGCACAAACGCAAAUCCUGUCCCGUCAGAGUGGCGCAGACGAAAAGCAGUAAUCGGUCUAAUAACGCCAAGAGCGGAGGCAAAGAUCUGUCCCAUCAUCCCGUCAACAAGCCGAAAUCGAAGAGGAAGUCGGGAGCAGCUCGCAGAGCGAAGAAGUUGGCUGCUCAGUCUGUGUGACCUUGGUGUUCAAUAAAAAGAGAGUUUAUUAACUAA